CCGAGCGUCCGAAAUCAGCCAGAAAUAGGAACGUGUGAUGCGAGGAAUCGGUUUAGAAGGCCAGAUUAAAGACUCAGUGAGGUGCAAUAAUCAGCUUCGAGAUUGCUAUUGCAAGCAGCACCCGCCGCCGACCGUGAGAGCUUCAUGGCCGAGCCUCGCAAAUCCUUCCUUCGUUCGAGGGGCCUAUAAAAAGAAGGACCGACUCGCCAUCGCCUCGGCAUGAUUUCAGGCCGACGUGUGGGAGCCGCGCACCGCUCUCCGAUCGAUAGCCCGCAAUUGCAAGCCUUAUGACGAGAGCUGCUACUGUCGAUCGCGAGCGCGCAGGAGAUUUUCAUCGGGUGCACGAGACGCCAGAAUUUUCACCGUGAAUUUUCGAACAGAAUUUUCUCGUGGGCCUCUUCUUCGGUCGAGAUUCUUCGGACUGCGGGCCAGGCAAGCGAGGGAAGGCGACCAUGAUGGCGAGUGAGGAGGAUCAUCGUGAAAGCAAAUCGCGCGACAUCCGAGAGCCUCCUCUGCUCGACGUUUUCAUGUCCAAUGUGUUUCUGAACAGCGAUGCGUUUCUGGCAGCAGCGACUGCUGCUGCGGCGGACGCAGCGACUGCUGCGUCCGCUGAAGCGGCCGAUGUUUGUAGACAGUAUCCUGAGCAGAUUUGAGAUUCCCGCAGCCGAGGAGUUCCCAGCAAUUGAGCAAUUUGAACCCACCAUGAUCGAGAUCGAGCCGAGCGCUGUGGAUGUCUUUGAGCCGCCUGGCCUCGCCGAAGACAGACCUUCGAGCUCGAAACCCAGAAAUCAGCACGAGCAGCGAGACGAGCUCAAGAAGUUGCUGGAUCUCCUGCUCUCGAAAGCCACGAUAUGCUCCACCUGCGGUGUUCAACAUACUGCAAAUCGACACGACUCUCUCUGCUGCAUCUGUUACGAUGUCACUCGAAACGCCUUCCGGAAAGUCGACCAGAUGUGGAUCUCGCAUCAAGACGUGCUGGAGAAUCUGAACCCUGUGCAUCGGUGGGACUUCCUGGAGCCCAAUCUUUUAGAAAUACAAACAUCUCCGACUAUCUUUCUAGGCCAGCGGUCGUUUCUAAUUAAAUCAAAGAGUGGAAAUGUGUUGUGGGACUGCAUAUGUCCCGUGGACAUGGUCACGGUGAAUUAUAUCAACAAAAUCGGAGGCGUAAAAGCGAUUGUAAUCUCGAAUCCUGAACACAUGGCCACGUUUACUAUUUGGAGCUCUGCAUUCAACAACUGUCCAGUCUACAUUCAUUCACGCGACAGCGCAUAUAUGACCUUGCCCUUAAGCUACAUAGACUCUCACAUAAUAUUUUGGAGGGGCGAAACUUAUGAAUUAUGGGAUGACAUAAGCGUGAUCAAUCUGGGUGGUCAUUACGACGGAAGCUGCAUACUACACAGGAAAGGGUAUGGUGGUUUCAUCCUGUCAAGCAAUACCCUGAAGGUUGGAGCUGACCGCAUGUCUGUUAGUGUCAUGAAAUCCUAUAGAAACUUUAUUCCGGCCAAUCCUGCAACUGUUCUGCGAAUGUUCCAGAUCAUGUUACGGCUGGACCUAGAUUAUGAACGUGUUUAUGGGAGCUUGCCGGGAGAUGAUAUUAAGGCAAUGGGAAAGCAAAUUGUCAUGUCCUCACUUAGAGAGUACCUUAUGUGGUCUUGCCGUGAGAAGGAACUGGAAGAGCCCUGGUCUACUUCAAAAUCUGUGUAGGAGACCACUCGUAAAAUUGUGGCGAAAGGAAAGCGCAAGAUUAUCGAUAGCUGAUAAUACUUUUGGGAGUUCUCUUCGCUUUCCGCCUAGAAUCAGAUAUCAUUUACGCCUCAUGCGCAGACUGGCAUGGACUCGGCGUCUAAUCGGGUCGAAGUGAGGAGAUUACAUUCACGGUGGUAGAGAUUCGUACACCACUCGAAGCUUCUGCCUCGUACAUGGUCAUGACGAAGAUCAAUAAAGUGUAUAGGUGAGAUGAGGAUAUAUAGGUGAGGAGUAUAACAGAGUUGUUACAUAAGAUAAACCCUCAGUUCCAUUCACAGCUAGAGAUGACACGGUCGACUCUAGCUCGUCAUGCACAUGAAAAAAAGUCAAUGUCGAGUAUUGUCUAUUCUCAAUGCUUUUGUCGCCAACUGGUAUUUGAGCGUCAUCUUUGGACACCACAGCCAGCCGUGAAGAUCAGGCGAUGACUCCUACGGUUCAAUAUGAGAAGGU